GGGUCGGACCCCGAGAACCGGAGCUGAGAUGAGCCUCUGGGUGGACAAAUACCGGCCUUGCUCCUUGGGACGGCUGGACUAUCAUCACACAGAGCAGGCGGCCCAGCUGCGCAACCUGGUGCAGUGUGGUGACUUUCCUCAUCCGUUAGUGUAUGGACCAUCAGGUGCUGGUAAAAAGACAAGAAUUAUGUGUAUUCUACGUGAAGUUUAUGGUGUUGGAGUGGAAAAAUUGAGAAUUGAACAUCAGACCAUCACGACUCCGUCCAAAAAGAAAAUUGAAAUUAGCACUAUUGCAAGCAAUUACCACCUUGAAGUUAAUCCCAGUGAUGCUGGAAAUAGUGACCGGGUAGUAAUUCAGGAGAUGUUGAAAACAGUGGCACAAUCACAGCAACUUGAAACAAACUCUCAAAGAGACUUUAAAGUGGUUUUAUUGACCGAGGUUGACAAACUCACCAAAGAUGCUCAGCAUGCCCUGCGCAGAACCAUGGAAAAGUAUAUGUCCACCUGCAGAUUGACCUUGUGUUGCAAUUCUACAUCUAAAGUGAUACCACCCAUUCGUAGUAGGUGCCUGGCAGUUCAUGUGCCCGCUCCCAGCAUUGAAGAUAUUUGCCAUGUGUUAUCUACUGUGUGCACGAAGGAAGGUCUGAAUCUUCCUUCACAACUGGCUCAUAGAUUUGCAGAGAAGUCCUGCAGAAAUCUCAGAAAAGCCUUACUUAUGUGUGAAGUCUGCAGAGUGCAACAAUAUCCUUUCACUGCAGAUCAAGAAGUCCCUGAAACAGAUUGGGAGGUAUAUCUGAGGGAGACGGCCAAUGCUAUUUUUCAGUCGCCGGCUUCACAAAGGCCCCCUUAAAGUUCGGGGAAAACCCAUGAGGUUUUUCCUCAAUGUAAUCCUCCUGAAAAAUUAAGGAAGGGCCUUCUCUCAGAACUAUUACAUAAUUGUGAUGGACAACUGAAAGGAGAAGUGGCCCAGACGGCAGCUUACUAUGAACAUCGUCUACAGCUGGGUAGCAAAGCCGUUUAUCACUUGGAAGCAUUUGUGGCCAAAUUUAUGGCACUCUAUAAGAAGUUCAUGGAGGAUGGAUUAGAAGGCAUGAUGUUCUGACAUCUAUCAGUAAUUCUUCCUAAUAUUUCUCAGUAUUAGCAUUUAUAUUUAGCUUAUGUUGGAAGAGCUGCAGGUAAAAUAAACUAACGUUACUUAAAAAAAAAACCAAAAAAACAAACACACAGG